CUCACAAUGGCUAAAAAUCCGCGAAAGAGAAAACAUAAAGGAAAGAACAAGAAAUGGCAGAAAAAGCUUGAACAGAAGAGGGAGAAAGAGCGAAAGAAGAAAAUCUCAAGAAGUUCAACUACAGACACUCCUAGUUGAAAAAGGAGUAGUGAUCCUUCAAAGAUGCUCAAAAAAUUUCAGAGUGGGAAGAAAUUUAUUAAGAACCUCAAGCCGACGCUUGAGGAGGAGAUCAAGGAUAACAAUAGUGAAGUUUGGCCGAAGUUCCUCUUAAAGGAGAAUAUCAAAGAUGCGCAUAAACAUAGACCCGAUCAUAAAGAGUACGAUCCGUCCACUCUAUAUAUCCCUCCGAAAGCUUUAGAGGAGAUGACAGAGUAUAAUCGGAUUUAUUGGGGGUUCAAACAGCAACAUUUUGAUAAAAUAGUCUGCUUUGGGACUGGCCUCUGGUACUUUGUACGCUACUAUGAUGCAGAAAUAGUUGGAAGAAUUAUUAAAAAGCCACUAAAUCUUUAUUUUGGCGGCAGUGGAUUCUCGAUCAAAGAGAAAGAUUACUACUUUGAUCUGAUCACCAAGAAUGGUUAUAAAAUAGUUGUGGUAGAUCAAAUUGAAACUUCAGAAAUGAUGAGGAAAAGAGUAGAAGAAGAAUGGAAAGAAAACAAAUAAACAAGUUUUAAAAUCAGAAGUCUGCAAAAGGGAAAUAUCUCAUAUUUAUUCAAGAGGGACAUAUUCAAACCCAACUGCAGAGAAGGAUACUAUCUUUGAUACUCAAAAUAUCUUGGUGUAUCAUUUCAUACCAGAGACGAGCAAGUUUGGGUUUACCUUCUUUGACAUCACAGCUCUCAAAGUUCAUGUAGGAUCGUUUUACGAUGAUGCUGUGCUCACAAAAUUUCGAACUCUGGUAUCAAGGAUCAGACCAGUAGAAGUACUUUGUGCUGAAGAGUUCAGAAAAUCAGCUAUGACCAAUAUGCUUCGACUUUCCCCUGUUUCCCCAACCUUCAACUUCAUCAAAAAGAGAAGCUUUGCCUCAUCUUCAGAAUGAGUUUCUUUGAUCAACGAUCACCUAGAUUUCACCUAAGA